AUGAGCUCAGACGAAUCCACAAAACUGGCAGUCCUUCCGACGGACUAUCCGCGAAUCUCGAGCCAGAUCGUUGAAGCGGAAGAACGAUACCAGAUUGAAGGUGCAAGUGCACAAGACAUAUUGCGCGCGCUGGUGGCAGUUGUACACCGGUAUACUGGGGAUACGCAUGUUGUUCUUGGGACCCCUUCAUCUGUCCUUCGUAUUGAUCUUUCUCCCGAAGACUAUCUAGAUUCGAUACAAGUGGUAGAGACCGAAUCGUUAAGUACCGGAGACCUAAACGUCUCCGUGUCCGGGAACUCCAUUCGCACAGUUUACAACACUAUCCUUUUCACUCCAAUACGAAUCCAGCUUUUGCAUUUGCACCUCGCUCUUAUCAUCCAAAAUCGCACAACUCCUAUCGGCCGUGUCUCUCUGCGUACUGAAAAGGAAGAAGGAAUACUUCCCAACCCUCGUGCUCCAUUGAAUUGGUGUGAAUGGCCAGGUCCGAUUACCUCUGUGUUCUCAUCCAAUGCGGCCAAAAACCCGGAAAAAGCAGCUAUCAUCACUCAAACCAGAACUUACGCGUAUGGUUCGUUACUCAACGCAGCAAAUUCUUUGUCAAAUCACUUGCUGGAACAUGGAGUUCAACGCGGAGAUGUAGUGAUGAUAUAUGCUCAUCGAUCUGCUGACCUUGUUCUGGCGGUGCUUGGGACACUCGGUGCUGGUGCAACAUUUAGUGUCAUCGAUCCUGCAUAUCCACCUGAAAGGCAGAUCGUCUACCUCUCCGUCGCACGCCCAAGGGCAGUCAUUAUACUCCAGGGUGCCCAGGACCUCAAUCCUGUCGAUGAAGCUGUGCGAGGAUAUUGGGAGAAGGAUUUGGGCGGUGUGAAAGUCUGCAUCGAGGGUGUUAGCCUGGGUGAAGAUGGCACUGUGCACGCAGACGGAUCAAUCUUGAAUGUGAACGCAGCAGAUCCUGGUGUAGUUCUCGGUCCGGACUCGAUUGCAACGCUCUCUUUCACUAGCGGGAGUACAGGUGUUCCGAAGGGUGUUAGGGGAAGACAUUACAGCCUAACGCACUUCUUUCCUUGGAUGGCUACCCGCUUUAGUCUUGGCCCCGAGAGCAGAUUCACAAUGCUGAGCGGAAUCGCACACGAUCCAAUUCAAAGAGAUAUAUUCACUCCUCUCUUCCUUGGCGCAUCUCUCCAUGUACCUCCGUCAAGUGCUAUCGGAACCCCGGGUGCUCUCGCUGCCUGGAUGGAUGAGCAAAGUGUCACCGUGACGCACUUGACCCCAGCUAUGGGGCAGUUGGUUACUACUACCGGUGCAAAUGAAGGGGAAAGUACUACUGGUGAUGCACCUUCUAUUCCCUCCCUCCGCACUGCGUUUUUCGUUGGUGAUCUUCUUACAAAAAGGGACGUGGCGAGACUGCAGGCCUUGGCAAGAAACGUAGUAAUUGUCAAUAUGUAUGGGACGACUGAGACACAGCGUGCUGUUUCCUACCAUGCGAUUCCGCCACUUUCCAAGGAUCCCGCCUUCCUAAGCACGCAAAAAGAGGUCAUACCUGCUGGCAAAGGGAUGAAGGAUGUACAACUGCUAGUUGUUAAUCGAAAUGACAAAUCUAUCCCCUGCGCUGUUGGAGAACCCGGAGAGAUCUAUGUUAGAAGUGGAGGUCUCGCGGAGGGAUAUCUAGUUCCUCCCAAAUCCCAAGUAGACGGAGAACCAGAUCCUAAUGAGGAGAAAUUUGUGCAGAACUGGUUCCACUCCCGGAGUACCUCAGUCGAAGAAGAUGCAGGAUAUGCCGACACACUUUCUUCUUCGUCUAAUCCAGCGAAGCACUAUUGGCAUGGCGUGCGUGACAGGAUGUAUCGAUCAGGUGAUCUAGGUCGGUAUGACACAGAAGGUGGGGUGGAAUGUAUCGGACGAGCAGACAAUCAGAUCAAAAUUCGGGGCUUCCGUAUUGAACUGGGCGAAGUUGAUACGCAUCUCGCCGCCCACCCCGGUGUGCGCGAGAAUGUCACUCUCGUUAGGAGAGACAAGGAUGAAGAGAAGAUCCUUGUUAGCUAUUUUGUGCCCCUCAACUCAUGGAAAGGUGAUGGGAAUGAGGAGAAGGCUACAAACAUAGAUGAUGCAGGCAGCGUCGAAGGUGGAAUACGGCGAUAUGCGCCACUCAUCAAAGAUAUCAGGACACAUUUGAAGAAGAAAUUACCGGGAUACAGUAUUCCUACUUUAAUCAUACCCCUUGCACGCAUGCCUCUCAAUCCCAAUGGAAAGAUUGACAAGCCAGCGCUGCCUUUCCCUGAUACUGCCGCCGCUGUUGCUUCUCUUUCUGCUGUAUCCGCCUCUGCCUUGGCUGUCGCCAACGGCCCCGACAACCUUCAUGCGGAUAUUACCCCUACUCAGAAAACCAUUCUCAACCUCUUUGCUUCUCUUCUUCCAGGAUUUACUCCAGACUUCACAGGAGAAGCACUUCCUUCCAUUCCCUUGAAUGAAUCAUUCUUCGAUCUCGGUGGACAUUCCAUUCUCGCUACACGUCUCGUUUUUGAGAUGCGUAGAGCCUUUCCAGUUCUGAAGGAUCGCAUUAGUUUGGGGGUCGUUUACAGUAAACACGCAGGUGAAAUAGCGUCCGUGCGUGGCUUAGCUUCGAUAGUGGACGUCCUCCGGGGUGAGGACCUGGGACUUCCCAUAGACACCAAAGCAGGACCCAAUGCAAAGGAAGGAAACGGUAUACUUGAUACGGAUGGGGACGAAGAAGGAGAAGAAGAUAAUCACUACGCGCAAGAUCUUGAUGAACUUAUCUCUUCUCACCUUGCGUAUUCGUAUCCCUCCUACAGUACAUCCUCUGCUCGGAGUCUACAUGUAUUCCUAACAGGCGCUACAGGCUUCUUAGGUGCAUUCAUUUUGCAGCAGCUUCUCGAGACUCAAUCGUCAUCCUCCUCUUCUUUUGCAUCCCAUGUCACCUGUCUCGUCCGUGCGUCUUCCCCCUCCUCCGCUAUAGCUCGCCUACGCGACUCCUGCGCAUCUCGCGGUGUAUGGUCCGAUUCAUGGAUAUCUAGUAAUCGUCUUACCGUUCUUCCCGGUGAUCUUGCCCUACCACAUUUUGGUGUAACAUAUUCCCAGUGGGAGAGUCUAGAGCAUGAAGUCGACGUAAUAAUGCAUAAUGGUGCUUUGGUGCAUUGGGUAUACCCAUAUGAGAGGUUGAAGGCGCCGAACGUGAUGGGAACGCUCACUGCACUCGAACUAGCAGGAACCCAGGGAAAGCCCAAGUCUAUGGUGUUCGUGAGUAGUACCUCAGUGCUUGACACGCCUUCGUACGUGCGUAUAGGCUCGUCUGUCGUCUCUCAAAAUCUCGGUUGUGGCGUUCUGGAAACGGAUGAUCUUGAGACUGCUCGGCGUGGACUUAAAACGGGAUACGGCCAGAGCAAAUGGGUUGCCGAAAAGCUGCUAUUCGAGGCAGGAAAGAGGGGUUUGAGUGGAUAUAUCAUCAGACCGGGAUAUGUCGUCGGGGAAAGUAAAGGUGGCGUCACGAAUACGGACGACUUUGUGUGGCGGAUGGUCAAAGGAUGCGUGCAACUGGGAAGCGUUCCUGAUAUGUCCAAUGGGGUGAAUAUGGUACCGGUGGACCGAGUAGCAAUGUGCUGUGUGAGUGCGGUGACAGCAAGCCCCAUCCCAUCAGACGAUGCUUCGUCAGAGAAAGGCGGUCCUGGAGGCAACAUAAGUGUGAUGCACGUUACUGCACGUCCGCUGCCCACCUUCAAUGAUCUCUUUACUGCUCUCAAAAUAUAUGGCUGGGCAGUGGAGAAGACAGAGUAUGUGCAGUGGCGUUUGCAACUCGAAGCACAUGUCAUGAACAAAUCUCGAAAUACAAACGGAGAGGUGGAAGAAGAAGAUAAUGCUCUCUUUCCUCUUCUGCAUUUUGUUCUCGAUGAUCUUCCUACAUCCACAAAGGCACCGAUGCUGGACGACAGGAACACUGUAGCUGUUGUCGAGCGUGGUAGGAUUAGCGAGUACGAUCCCCCGAACACAAUCGACGAGAAGCUUUUCGGCCGGUAUCUUGCAUGGCUUGUUCGUGCCGGGUUUUUGCCUCCUCCACAGGGCGGUCAAGGUGGCCAAAAUCUACCGGAACUCGAGGGUGGUGUUACUACGGCCGCAGGAAGAAGUGGAAUCUAA